UUAGAUUGAAACAUUGUGUGUCUUUUAAGUUUGUACGCUACGUCCUAUGGCAAAUAUUCCGCGUUUUGGGGUUUCUGCUAAGUAUAGAGGAAAAGUUGAUGCUGAAGAGACUAACACGACUAAGAGCGGUUCACGUUAUUUUUCCGGUUCAUCAACGAACUCCCAUACAGGUAGUUCUCGGGCUGAAGAUGUUAGUCGAUCAGACAGUGUUUACAGCUCGGUGAGAUAUUCAUCAUUGGUCUCUUUGUUACCUUUGACUUUUUGUCUGUAUAACGAGAGAAAACCAUAUGAUAUGUGCAAGUGAACAGUAUAAAUGCUUUUCUGGAAGUUAAUCUAAUAUGUUGAUUUGUCGUUUCGUUCUCGCAAGUGCUUGCCUUAAAAAAUAUUGAAGAAGAUGCGCGACUGGGGUUUGCAAAUCUACCUGAACAGAUGCACAGGAAAGCUGUCAAGAAGGGCUUCAAUUUCACUUUGAUGGUUGUCGGUGAAAGUGGUUUGGGCAAAUCAACGCUAAUUAACAGCUUGUUUGUCCAAGAUUUAUACAAAGAUAGAGAAAUCAUUGAAGCAAAUAAUCGUGUUCAAAGCACAACUCAAAUUGAAAAACGUCAAAUUGAAUUGGAUGAGCGUGGAGUCAAGUUACGCCUUACUGUUGUCGAUACUCCCGGCUUUGGUGAUGCUGUGAAUUGCAAUGACUGUUGGAAACCAAUAGAAGAUUACAUAGACAGCACAUUUGAACAAUAUUUUAAAGAUGAGUGUGGUCUGAAUCGUAAAAAUAUUCAUGAUCAUCGAGUUCACUGUUGUUUGUAUUUCAUAUCACCAUAUGGUCAUGGUUUACGCCAAAUAGAUGUUGAAUUUAUGCGCCGUCUUCAACAUAAAGUCAACAUAGUCCCUGUAAUAGCUAAAGCUGAUGCAUUGACUGCUAAUGAAUUACGUGCAUUUAAAGAACGCAUAAUGGCAGAUUUUGAUCGUUAUAAAAUUGAUAUUUAUCGUUUACCUGAAUGUGACAGUGAUGAAGAGGAUGAAAUCAAACGUUUAGAUAAAGAAAUCAAAGCUGUUCUACCUUUCGCUGUCGUCGGCAGUAAUUGUGUUAUCGAUUUAGAUGGUAGUCGUCGAGCUCGUGGUAGACAAUAUCCUUGGGGGUCAGUUGAAGUGGAGAAUAGUCGUCAUUGCGAUUUUACAAAGCUGCGUAUAUUUCUGCUAAAGACACAUAUGCAGGAUUUAAAAGAUAUGACAUUGGAUGUGCAUUAUGAGAAUUAUAGAGCGAAAUACAUUACUGAACGGAUGUCUAAGCGUCAAAGCGAUCGUCGUGAAGGUGUUGGUACUGGAGCAUUGGCAAGAUUAGAAAAAGAAGGUGGAACUGGCUUUGAGGCUAUUGUUGAUCAAGAUAGUUUACUGAAACAGAAAGAGGAAGAGCUUCAAAGAAUGCAACAACUAAUGAGUAAAAUGCAAGAACAGUUAAAACGCAAUACCAAUGUUGUACCGAACGCAUCAGUCGGUUUAAAUAAUGGUACAGGUAAUACUCAAUCUUCUCCUAUUCCUGCAACUGGUCAACAAGCUUCUUGAAUACAAAAAGAGUAUAUAGGUUGUUUAGGAUUCAAAAUCGCGUUAUCACAUUUAUUUAUAUCUUAUUAUUUUGCUUAAAAUUCAGUCGAUUAGGUCGGAAUAUGGUCAAUAUGAUGUGCUAACAAUAAAUAUUUUAUCGUUUAUACUAAUAAAACUAUUACUUCUUUCUUUCUUUUCUUGAAUCCAUACAACAUUGUCUAAUUAAAUUGUUUGUGUCUACUUAUGUUUAUUCAAUUACCGGUUCCAUAUAAUUUUGUUUCAAUAAAAAAAAAACUAGACAGAAAUUUUCUUUCUUCUUUUUAUUGAACUUAUUACAUUACGUAUUCUCAGUUUUUAAUUAUAUUCACAUUUCAUUAAGAAUAAAGAUAGAACGAACUGUUAAUUUUCACUUCUACUGAUGGUAUAUUGUUUUUUUUUUAAUUAUCUCUCUCAAUUUUUGCAGUUCAUCAUAAAGUUCUUCCUUCUUUUCUGUUUUUUAAUUAAUCAUGAAUAUGCAUUUUAUCUUACUUUUAUAAAUCAAAUCAAUUGAUUACUUUCUUUUCAUUUUAUUCAUCUAGUCUAGCUUAUUGUUUUUUUUCUUUUUUACUUUGUGGUUACAACAAUUCCUGUUACACUUUGUUAACCAAAAAUUAUAUUAUUUGAUGUGAAAAACAAACUUUAUAUUUUUUAUCUGUGUACGCAUUUUCAUACUUUUUGUUAAAUUUUGUCUUUUCACUUCAUUUUAUUAUUUCGUCUAAUUACUUAAAAAAAAAUGAGGUGAAUAAACCAUGCUUAUCACAAUGUCAAAUAAUUGUCAAUGUCCUAAAAAUACUUAUUGUGUUCAGUUAUCUUUUUUUUUUGCUGUGUCAAGUGGGUUAUUUUUUUCUCUUUAUGUACUUAGCUGUUUAGAAUUGACGAUUUUGUGUAAAAUAUUUAUGUAUGCGUAAUUAGUAUCUCCCACUUUACUUAAUACCUAAUUAGGAAAGUGUUGAAAAGCUAAUUUUUGGUCAUUUGUGAGAUAUUACUGUUUCACCAUUUCAAAUGUUGUCACCCAAGAUUAAAAGUUUCUGUAUAAUGAGCUCAGCUUAUAUAAUCUCGGUUUUAUAAACAUCAAUUUCUACAGUUUCCGCCAAUUCAAAAGAAAUGUCUACAAAUGUAAUUACG